AUGCCACCUUUCUCUUUGAAACCGCGCAGGAAAGCCGUGCGUAGGCUGUUCGAGAGUAGUGCCGACCUUUGCUACAGCAGCAAAGGGGGAUCACUAACAUACGAUGGUAUCAAGGGCAAUGCUCAACAUACAACCGGCUUAGAUCGCGACUCUCUCAUGAACUGUGCGAGCUUGCCAAAGCCCCUGUCCGCAAUCCGACAGCAAUACAUGAAAACAUAUCAGGAUGCGCAAGCUAUUGGUGCGAAAAGUCUGCAUAGAGCUGCCACAGGGCCCGAUGACUUGGAUCCCUUGAUCCCAUCGUACGAUACUGAUGCCCCUUUGCUGAUGAAGCAAAGCAAGAUGGCAUCAGAGCGAUUCGACGGCUCUGCGGACCCUUCGAUCGCACUCCGCGGUCCUCAACUGACAGCGGAGGAGAAGAAUGAGAUUGCAGACAGAGAGAAUCCAGCAAACUACUCUGAUAUCGGUCUCUUGAGAGACUCUAUCGCGCCACUCGACUCUUACACUGAAGAUGGUGUCUACUGGGCCGAUCUGCCUGCUCGUCAGCGCAACGCCUGGAUCACUCGCACCGAAGGAGCCGAAUCGCGGCGCGAGUUCGGCGUCGUCUGGGCCAUGUUCAAAAAGGAUCCCCUCGAGCCCAUUCGCCAGUACUUUGCCCGCUAUGUCGCCACAGGCAUGGGUCUCUUCGUCGAAGGCUUCACUCUCUUUUCCAUCGGCAAUCUUUCGGCAUUGUUCAGUGCGGUCUGGCCGACUUGUUGGUCAACUCACACGGUCUGCGCGGCAAAUUGGGUAUAUGGCGUCAACUACCUUGAAAUCGUCGGCAUUAUCAUCGGUCAGAUUCUUGUCGGAAUCGAAGGAGACUGGAUCGGUCGAAAGUUCGGUAUGAUGCAAGAUGCGGUCAUUAUGGCGAUCGGCACGUUGAUGCUUAUCGCGUCCUGGGGGACGUCUCUUCAAGGCUGGGUCAUCUGCUAUGCCUUCUCUCUGCUCUUCUAUGGCAUAGGCGUCGGCGGAGAAUACCCCAUGACUUCAACACGGUCGAUGGAGGGCGUAGGCAGCGGCAGGAACGCUACCACUGCCGACAAAGCACAUAGAGGUCGAACAGUCGUUCUCGCAUUCCUCAUGCAAGGAUGGGGUCAAUUCAUCAAUCAAGCCGCUCUCAUCAUCCUCCUGCUCAUCUUCAACGGCGGCGGCAACCCUCCGUACAGCAAGAAGACGGCCCAAUGGACCUUCAGACUGUCAUUCGUCGUCGUUUUGCCAUUCACGCUCUGGCUUGUCUACUAUCGAUACUACAAGGUCACCUACGCAGAUGCUGCUCUCAAACGCUCUCGACAACGCCUCGGAACGUCUGGAUACGAUGUUGCGAGUCUCAAUCUUGCACUUCGAUAUUUCUGGCCUCGUCUGCUCGCGACGACUAUCGGCUGGUUCGCCAACGACUUCGCGUUCUAUGGCAACAAGAUCUUCACAUCCGAAUGCAAGUCUGCUGAAUUCAUCAAGGUCAUCAGCCCCCAGUCGAAAUCAGUCGUUACCAGCUGGAAUUGGUCGCUGCUGAACAUUGGCGUGUCUCUGGUCGGUUAUUAUCUUGCUGCUUUCUUCAUUGAUGCCAAGCACUAUGGCCGUGUGCGCAUGCAACUCGUCGGCUUCCUCGCAGACUUCGUCUGCUUUGUCAUUCCCGCGUUUGCUUACAAGACACUCACCAAGCCUGGCUCUGGCAUCAAAGGCUUCCAGGCUCUGUUCUUCCUGUCCAGCUUCUUCCAACAGUUCGGUCCCAAUUGCGUGACCUUCUUGGUUGCCGCAGAAGUCUAUCCGGCGUCGAUUCGAGCAACAGCUCACGGUGUCUCCGCUGCUGCCGGCAAGUUGGGAGCUCUCGCACCCACAAUUCUGUAUAACUAUAUCGACGCCGAGACCAGAUUCAAGGUCGUCCCUUGGUUUGCUCUGUUUGGCGCCAUUGCCACGUUCUUGUUCUUGCCCGACGUCACCGGCCUCGAUCUGCGAGAGCAAGAGCGAGCAUGGGAAUAUCUGCGCACCGAACGCGAGUACCACGGCGUUGCCAUCCAUCCGAGACAUCUUUCCAUUUGGGAGAUCUACGUCCAGAAGCGUCAUCGUCACUACAACCCAGCACUCGACAGACAAGAGAAGAUUGACGAACUGCGUGAUCUGUACAAAGGCUACACACGGUCGAAAGCAAUGGAGAAGGACGCCGAGAGCGAAGAUGGAGUGGAAGCUGACGACUAUUCGUUUGUCAGCGAUGACGUCGUCGCCUAUUUCAGCAAGGAAAAGGGCAGCUUGGCACCCAAGGCCUCGCCAGGCUCUGAUGAGACCAACGUCGCCUUCCACAACGAGAAGCAGAGCUGA